AUGAGCAGCUUUCGAAAGAGAAUGGUCUAUCGAGACUCUGCUUUCUCUCCUAUUCACCUCGAUCUUGGUUUAUUUAUGAGCUCGAAGGAGAAACCUACUCUCGGUAACCGUGGUACGUGGAUCAAGACCCGCAAACGGAACAUUGUUGCACCACUGGACCCUGCAUCAUUUUCGGAUGCAGUGGUCCAGAUUUAUUUGGAUAAUGCUGGUGAUUUGGAACUUGUUGCUAGGAGCCUUGAGUCUUCGGACCUUAAUUUCUCUAGAGACGGCUAUACUUUUUUUUUUGAGGUUUUGCAAGCUUUAAGGAGAUUGAAAGGAACCUCAGUGGGGAUUACAAUGUGUGAUGAAAAACAAGAGAGUUUCCAGCGUGAAGGAGGGGUAAGAGCAUUGGUGGCAAAGGCAAUACUGGUCAACGGUUCACAUACAAAAGUUCCACAAGAGCUUAUUGGUGAAUUAAAGGCCAUCUGCCAGGAUAACAUGACAAUGGACUGCGAUGAUAGAUACUCUUAUGGAAAGCCGCUGAAUAGCUUUCAUAAAGCACCGAACAUCCCAGACGUGCUUUUUUUUCCAAGGUGA